UAAAAAGCUACAUGUAAGUUUAAUGCAAACUAUCGGCCAAAAUUGAUAAAUUUUCAAAGUAUUUGUCAUGAUGUUAUUUUUUAAUUUAAAUUAUGAUUAAAUAACAUGUCAUGCUAUUAUUUCAGAUCAUGGAUCGUGCCCCGAAUCUCGAUACUCUACUGGAAAUGGAUAUUAUAAAUAGAUACAGAUUUGACAGAGCUGGAAUCAAUUAUUUAACACAGCUGAUCGGGGCUAACAUUUCACCUAAAGCAGCCAGAAAUAACGCCUUAAAUGCUGAACAAAAAAUCUUGAUUACAUUACGAUAUUUAGCAACUGGCUUAAUACAGUUAAAUGAUGCGGACAUACAUGGUGUCAGUCAGCCAACAGUGUCACGUGUGUUGACUGAAGUUAUUAAUGCUCUGUCAUCACCUGCGUUGAUUAGGCAAUUUAUUAGGUUUCCAGUUAGUGUUGAAGAAUUCAGACGGAAUGCCGUGCAAAUGCAGGGGAUUGCACGGUUUCCGAAAGUCAUUGGGGCCAUAGACGGAACCCAUAUUAACAUUGCCUCACCCAAUCAACAUGAAGAAAUUUAUGUCAACAGAAAAGGGAAACAUAGUAUAAAUGUUCAAGUUGUUUUUGACGGAUGGUACAAUAUAAUUGAUGUUGUUGCACGCUGGCCUGGAUCCGUGCAUGACAGUAGAGUUUUAAGAGAAAGCUCGUUAAACAACCUUUUUGAGAAUGGCCACAUGCCACACGGUUUCCAUCUGCUUGGGGACAGCGGCUAUCCAGCCAAAAGGUGGCUGCUUACCCCUUUCCUAGCUCCGCAAACCCAGGCCGAACAAGCCUAUAACAGGAGCCACAAAGUCACUCGAGCUUUGGUUGAGAGAGGGAUAGGUCAGUUGAAGAGGAGGUUUGGCAUUCUACAUAGGGAAAUAAUCCUCCAGCCAGUUAAAGCUAGUCAUUGCUUGUUGUGUUUUGCACAACAUUUGCAAGCAGCGAGCCAUUCCCAUGGCAGCUAUAGAAGACAACAAUAAUGGUGGAAAUGGUGAUGAUGGCAGGGUGCAGCCUCAAGCUAACAAUCUUGUUGGGCUAAGAUACAGAGACCACUUUGUUUCAACAUACUUUGCUGCCUGAUUGCUUUACACUCCUGACAGCAACAUUGAUUGCAUGAUGUAGAGGUUGUGAACACUUUGGAAGUCGUGCUAGCCUCAGGUCUUGAAAGAUGAAACGUGGCAGGAACCUCAUCUGCCUCCAACACUGGCUGAUAUGUCCUGGAAUUACAAACUCUAAUUCUAAAAUGUGCUAUCAUAUUUUUGCAAAUCUUGUAAAAAAAGUCACUAUGCUGACUUGUUUAGAAUGUGAGAGUCAUUUUUAAAUAUUUUUCCCAACUUGAUCAUACCCGAGAAUGUCUGUGAUAUAUUUUGGAAUUGAACCUGGUACCAAAUUGGGACUUUCCAAACUUUGGGAAAAAUACAAAGUUAUGUUUGAAUGGAAAGUAUAAUAUAAAAUAGACCUAUUUCUAGCUUUUUAUGCAUUUAAUCUAAAAUGGCUACCAGGUAGUCUUAUCAAGAUGUUGUUAUCUUUUUUAAGCAAUUCAUUGCUGUAUUCACUGAAAAUCUUAUUAAUUAUUUUGGAAAAUAUAAUUUCAUGGGGAUAUUUUGGCAAGAGGAAACAUCUCUUAAAGCAGUAAAUUGCACCAAAAAGUCCAUGAAUGUGUGCUAUGUUUUAUUUAAGUCCUUAGAUAUUUACAUGUACAUGUCGGUAUACAUCUGAAAUCAUUUCUGUGUUCAUGUUAUUUUAUAUCAAUGUGCAUUGUAGUGUUAUCUCACCCUGUUAUAUAUAAAUGCCUUAGUGAUAUGAAUGUCUUAGUGAUAUCAAUGUCUUUGUGAUAUGUUUGUCUUAGUGAUAUGAUUGUCUGAGUGAUGUAAGUCAUAUAAUUAAUUGUCUUAGUGAUAUGAUAUAAUUGUCUUAGUGAUAAAAAUGUGGUAGUGAUAUGGAUGUGUUAGUGAUGUGAAU